AUGGCAAAAGACGGUCGAAGCAUUUCACCAGGGCUGGACACAAAUGUACUCGCCGCUCUCCCUGUUGGCGGCGAAGUGGUUUCAGUGACUCCAUCAGGGUUGAGUGACUUUUGCGAAACAUACAGAAUUGAGGUCGCCCUGCCUGGCCAAAUCACUUCUGUCUUCUUUCAGAAAGUGUCAAAGGGUCGAGCUGGACUCGAUCUGAUACGUGCUGUUUGGGCAUCCGAGACGGCAAUAAAUGGUGUCAUUCCCGAGUUCACACCUCAUCCACUGAGCAUCGGAGCAUACAAGUCCGACUCGAACACCCAUUUCUUCCUCGCUGACUUCAUAGACAUGGUGGAAGAUGUCAUCCCAGAGCCUGAAAAGUACAUGGCACCGGUGGUGGCCUUGCAUUCUCGCACUAUGGGCAGGUCACCUAAUGGCAGAUUUGGAUUCCAUACCAGCACAGCGUACGGGGACUUGUUGCAAGACAACACGUGGGAGACGUCUUGGGAAGCAUUCUGGGCUAGAAUCAUGAGGCAGGCCUUUGAGACAGAGGAGCAGAUCUGUGGUCCUCAUGAUGAGAGGCUUAGAACGCUCAAGGCGGCCUGGUUUGACUCUGUGCUUCCUCGUUAUCUGCAUCCGUUGGAAUCGGAUGGUAGAUCGGUGACGCCCUGCCUUGUGCAUGCAGAUUUGUGGCCUGGGAACUGCAAAUAUACACUAGACAGGGACUCUGUGUGCGUGUAUGAUGCCAAUGCAUUUUGGGGUCAUAACGAGGGUACGUCAUUCAUACUGCUUCUCAAUAUGCUCGUCAUUACCAAAGUGCUCAGCUGA